UAUAAUUGGGAGCAUACAAACAAACGAAUGCUUUAAGCAGCAUAUAUAGCCAUAAUUAACCACAACAACGACAAAAACAAUGUCGACGAAUCAUCAUCAUCAUCAUCACAAAAUCGGGAGAAUAGAAAUUUUUUCGAAUGAAUUGAAAAAAAAUAAUAUUUUCGGUUCUGUGUACGAUAUAGUGAAAUCAUUUAUUUCUCUGCUGCAGGUUUUACACACUUUUUAUCAUCAUCAUCAUCAUCAUCUGUUGUUUGUUGUUGUAUUUUUACAUGUUUAAUUUUCAAAAUCUUUAUGGCCACAUAACUGUGAUAUUUUUUUUUAAAUUGUGAAAAAUGUUUCAAAAAUUUAAACGACGAUUCUCAACAAAUCUAACUGUACCGAAUAUAUUGCAAGGAUCGAAUGAUUCAUUAUUCGAUGAUCAACCAGAUUUAUCUGAAAAAGAAAUUCAAUUAGUACGUGAAACAUGGACAUUGUUACGUAAUGAUUUAGCUGGAUUUAAAUUUUUAGGUGCAGAACUUUUUAUACGAUAUUUUACCAAAUAUCCAGAUUAUCAACAAAAAUUCAAAUCAUUCAAAGAUGUUCCAAUAAAUUUUCAACAAAAUCGUAUGAUACGUAUUGAUAAGAAAUUAAUGGCACAUGGUACAUAUGUAAUGUAUACGAUUGGUAUGUUGGUUGAUAAUCUAGAAAAUCCAGAUAUGAUGGGACAAAUGUUGAAACGUUUAGCACGUAAUCAUUAUCAUCGUCAUGUUUGUUUAAAAGCAUUCGAACAGCUUCGUGAUACAUUACUUGAACAUUUACUUGUUACACUUGGACCGCAAUUAUUCAAUAAAAAAACAAUGAUUGCCUGGCGUAAAGCAUUUGGUUAUCUAUUGAAAGAAAUUGAUAAAAAUUUCAAACUAUUAGAAUCCGAUCUUGAACGUUCAGGAAGUUAUUAUCGUUUGAAUUCAUUACAUCAUAAUGCUAAACAUGAAUUAAUGCAAGAUUAUCGUCGUAAUUGUCUAUUAGAUUAUCAAUUACGUUUACGUAAACGUAAUGAACAAUAUAAUUCAACAUUACGAACAAGUCGAUUGAUGAAUUCUCCAAUGUCUAAUGAAUCAUCGAUCAACAUGCAUGAUACUAAUACUAAUAAUCAAUCGAAAAUUAUUAUUAAUCAACAACAAUCUUCACCUAUAAUUCAACCAGUAUUUUAUCAACCUCCACCGUCGCCAUCCUCAUCUUCACAACAACAACAACAACAGCCAUCAAGCCAAAUUCAAUUAAAAUCCUUUCCAGCAUCACCAAAUCAUCCAUCAGUUCUUUUACCUGUUAAACAGUCAGCAUUAAUUCUGCCACCAUCAUCAACGAAUACUAUUAAUCGAAAUACUUUUAUAGCAAAGAAAAAACAUGAUAAAUCAAAAAAUUUUCUAUGGAAAACUUUGGCAAAUUUGAGAAAAAAAUUCUAA